AUGGCUGACGCGGUCGCCGAGGCGGUGGCCAAGCUCGUGCUGGACGAGGAGACGGGCGACAUGGUGACCAAGAACGAGCUGAAGAAGCGCAUCCAGAAGCGAGCCAGAAAGGCCAAUGCAGCAGCAUCUCGCAGCAAUGCCCAGAAGGAGAAGAGCAGCAACCCGGAGGCGAACAAGCCCGCUGCUAAGCCCGAGGAGCGCGUGAUUGACCCGGACGCCAUGUUCAAGCAGGGAUUCCUCGGCGACGUUUACAAGCUGCGACCUUCCGAGGCGGUGGUGACGCGAUUCCCUCCCGAACCAAACGGAUACCUUCAUCUUGGUCACGCAAAGGCAAUUGCUGUCAACUUUGGCUUUGCCAAGUUCCACGGCGGCAGAACCAUUCUUAGAUUCGACGACACGAACCCCGACGCCGAAAAGGGAGAAUACUUCGUCGCCAUCGAGGACACGAUCCGAUGGCUGGGGUUCACCCCUAGUGAAAUCACCUAUGCCUCCGACAACUACCAGCGAAUGUACGACCUCGCCGAAGAAUUGAUCAAGAUGGAAAAGGCCUAUGUGUGCCAUUGCGAUGAUGUCGAGACCAAGAAACAGCGCGGUGGCGAGGACGGCUUGUCCCCAAGAUAUCGAUGCGAGCAUGCGAAACAGGAUGUUGAGACCAACCUCAAGAAGUUCCGUGGCAUGAGAGAUGGAGAAUAUGCGCCGAGAAGCGCCUGGCUUCGCAUGAAGCAGGACAUUGAGAACAACCCGAACCCUCAGAUGUGGGAUCUCGCUGCCUACCGAAUCCCCAAGGAUCAGGAACCGCACUUCCGGACAGGCACCAAGUGGCGGAUAUACCCAACCUACGAUUUCGCACACUGCCUAUGCGACAGCUUCGAGGGCAUCACACACAGUCUGUGUACCACCGAGUUUAUCAUGUCACGAGAGAGUUAUGAGUGGCUAAACAAGCUCCUGGUGGAAUUCCAGCCCAUGCAGCGCGAGUACGGCCGCUUGAACCUUAGCGGAACAAUCAUGAGCAAGCGGGGCCUGAGAACACUGAUCGAGAACAAAGUUGUUCGUGGAUGGGACGACCCGCGUCUGUACACCAUCAAAGGAAUCCGACGACGAGGCAUCCCACCUGGUGCACUUCUUUCCUUCAUUUACGAACUUGGUGUCACCACUUCCAUUACCCAGGUCAACAUCAAGCGCUUUGAGCAAUCUAUUCGCGUCUAUCUCGAAAGGACCGUUCCCCGUCUCAUGCUUGUCCUGGACCCAGUUCCGGUAGUAAUCGAAGACUGCGAAGAGCAAGACCUUGAUAUCCCCUUCUCUCCCAAAGACCCCAAGCUUGGAUCCCACACUAUCCGCCUCACCAAGACUGUCUACAUCGAUCGCUCAGAUUUCCGCGAAGUGGACAGCAAGGACUACUUCCGCCUUGCCCCGGGCAAGACUGUCGGUCUUUUGAACGUUCCCCACCCCAUCAAGGCUGUCUCCUUCACCAAGGACGAAACUACAGGCGCUAUCAAGGAGAUCAGGGCUGUCUACGACAAGGAGGGCAAGAAGCCCAAGACUUAUAUCCAGUGGGUGCCCGAAGGCUCGCUCCCCACCGAAGUGCGCAUUCACGAGGCCCUCUUCAAGUCAGAUAGCCCCGGUUCUGCUCCUGGAGGACUCUUGAGCGACGUCAACCCCAACAGCGAGACCAUCUGGCCAAAUGCUUUGAUCGAGACCGGCUUCCACGAGGUAAAACGUCGCGCACCAUGGCCUGAGGCUGAGGGCGAGAAGACGGGCGAGGUUGGCCCUGAGACUGUCCGGUUCCAAGCCAUGCGCGUUGCUUAUUUUGCUGUUGACUCCGAUAGUACUGAUGAGAAGAUUGUCCUCAACCGCAUUGUACCAUUGAAGGAGGACUCUGGCAAGAGUAGCUAG